UGGGACAACCACUCAAUGUUGAUGGAGUUUGUGUUCCUAGCCUAUCCCAAAAGUCUAGAGCUACGUAUGCUCUGCUUCCUUGGAGUCAGCCUGGCUUAUGCAUUGAUCAUCUCUGGGAAUAUCCUCAUUGUGGUUUCCAUCCAUACAGAAGCCCGCCUACAUACACCCAUGUACUAUUUCCUGGGCAGCCUCUCGGGGAUAGAACUAUGCUACACUGCAGUGGUGGUACCACAUAUGCUGGUGAACACCCUACAUUCAGAGAAGACCAUCACUCUGUUGAGCUGUGCUACUCAGAUGGUUUUCUUCAUUGGACUUGGUAGUGCUGAUUGCUUCCUUCUGGCUUUCAUGGCUUAUGACAGGUAUGUUGCCAUCUGUCUCCCCUUGCAAUACCCUCUCAUCAUGACUGUAACUCUUUGUGUCCGCUUGGUUGUGGCUUCUGUGGUCAUUGGUUUGUUCCUGUCCUUACAGCUUGUGGUCUUCAUCUUCUGUCUUCCAUUUUGUCAGAACAGGGGAAUAGAGCACUUCUUUUGUGAUGCUCCACCAGUGAUGCGUCUUGUGUGUGCCACAAGUCAUAUCCAUGAGCUCUCUGUACUAGUGGCAGCCACACUGGCCAUUGCUGUACCUUUCCUUUUCAUUGCUACCACCUACGCCUUGAUAGUGGCUGCUGUGCUCAAACUCCACUCAGCAGCUGGCCGCCGCAGGGCCUUUAACACCUGUUCUUCUCACCUCACUGUGGUGCUGCUGCAGUAUGGUUGCUGUGCCUUCAUGUACCUGCGCCCUAACUCCAACUACCACCCCAAGAAAGAUCAAUUUAUCUCCCUGGUGUACAUACUGGGAACCCCAUUCCUCAACCCCCUCAUCUACACUCUGAGGAACAGUGAGAUGAAAGGGGCCAUAGGGAAAAUAGUUACCAGAAAUAGUCUCUCUCAAAAACUGAUAGGCUAGGAAAACUUUGAUAUAACAAAGUUUAGACCUAUCUAAAGCAAAUUC